CCCUCCACGCCUCCUCCUCGCCUUAAAAAGGUAGGCAGUCCACGGCAACACAGCUGCAUCCCUUCAUCCACACGCAACAUUUCGCUCUCUUGAAGAGAAACCGGGAGCCGGCUAGGGGGGUUGACUUCAUGGUGACAAAUGGAGACCUUCAAUCAUAAACUGAACACUUACUUAGAGUCAUGGAUGGGUCCCAGAGAUCAGCGGGUGCGAGGAUGGCUGCUGCUCGACAACUACCCACCAACCUUUGCACUCACAGUCAUGUACCUUCUGAUCGUGUGGAUGGGGCCCAAGUACAUGAAACACAGGCAGCCGUACUCCUGCAGAGGCCUCCUGGUGCUCUACAAUCUGGGCCUCACACUCUUGUCCUUCUACAUGUUCUAUGAGCUUGUUAGCGCUGUGUGGCACGGUGGCUACAACUUCUACUGCCAGGACACUCACAGUGAACAGGAAGUGGAUAAUAAGAUCAUAAAUGUGCUGUGGUGGUACUACUUCUCCAAGCUCAUCGAGUUCAUGGACACCUUUUUCUUCAUACUACGCAAGAAUAAUCACCAGAUCACAUUUCUUCACAUCUACCAUCACGCUACCAUGCUGAAUAUCUGGUGGUUUGUUAUGAACUGGGUACCCUGCGGCCAUUCGUACUUCGGUGCCUCCCUGAACAGCUUCGUACACGUCGUUAUGUAUUCUUACUACGGCCUCUCGGCCAUCCCAGCCAUACGGCCGUACCUUUGGUGGAAGAAGUACAUCACACAGUUACAGCUGAUCCAGUUCUUUUUAACCAUGUCCCAGACAAUGUGUGCAGUCAUAUGGCCAUGUGGCUUCCCGAUGGGAUGGCUGUACUUCCAAAUAAGUUACAUGGUCACGCUCAUUUUCCUUUUCUCAAACUUCUACAUUCAGACUUACAAGAAGCACAGUGCUUCUCUAAAGGAGCACCAGAACGGCUCUCCCGUAUCAACAAAUGGACAUGCAAAUGGGACGCCAUCUGCAGAGCACACUGCGCACAAGAAACUGAGGGUGGAUUGACAUUUGAGAAACCGCCACCCAAUUCUCACUGUAGCGCGUUAGCUAAUGCUGCUAGGAGGUAUAUGUAUCUUCUUAUCUAGAAUAGUCUUGCACUCACUUGAGAUGAAAUAAGCCAUAGCCACAUGUAUCCAGAGACUUUCCAUGUUUUUACACACAUUCCUACUCAUGGUAUUGCAUCACUCAUUAAUAUAGUUAAAGGAGAAGAGCAUUGUAGUAUUGAUGACACUGCACAAUAUUGCCUCCCCCCCCCCCCCUCCCAACCCACCCUCUAGAGGGAAUUCACUCCAAAGCAAAAAUCUCUUUCUUGCUACCAGCAAACAAAAACAUUUUGACUUAUUCAUUGUUGCUUUACACGCAGAAGGUCCAAAAAUGAGCUCCAGUGAGUGUGUUGGCAGCUUAAGGUUUUAUCACACUCGAUGACAUCUCGGUUUCAACAACCUAAGGGACAAUUACACAGUGCUUACAGUCCUAAUUGUGUAACUAGAGCAUGCAUCUUGUGUCUUGCUUUAUCUCACUCCUGCCUGGGCUGUUGCAUAAUCCUACAUUUUGCCCUGUGGAAUACUGUAAUGCAUUUUUAUUGACAGGUUAUGACAGCAAAAAGUAGAAUUUUGCUGUAUUUUUGCAGAGCAGGGUCUCCAAUUUGGAAUAUGUAGCCAUCUAACCAAAGCCUAGUGUAUUGUAUAUGCAAGGAUUCAUAUUUAAACCAGUUUAAGACACAAUGUUAGAGGGCAGUUGUGUUAAAACACAUUAUAAACUCAAUUCUCCUUAACAUCCCCCACAUUACAAUCUGUGCUAUAUCUACUGUAGCUUUAUGCAGUAAAUGCAAUUACCUGCAAUUCAUUUAAAUUUAAUUAAGUAAGGAAAUGCCCAUUAGGUCUGCAGUGCAAGUGCUUACUGGUAAUAUGUAGGUAUCAAAUUUAUCAAGUGAAUGUAAUCAUACUGUAUAACUCAGUGCUGAAUACUCAAAUACGUUUAUAUCCAGAUAAACUUUACUAUAUAGUUAAGAAUUAAAGCUCGUUAUCGACCUUGAAAACAGCAGUCAAAAAAAAAAAAAAAAAAGAAUCUCACCACAAGAUCCAUUUAGUAGAUGCUCUGGAGCUUUCGAUUGUCACGUGAUCUUCCUCAAAUCCACAGAAAUAGGGGGGGAAAAAACAGGGUAAACCCCCAUCUGCUGAAGAAGAUCAUGUGAAACGAUCAAAAGCUCCAGAACAGCUACUAAAAGGAUCCUGUUGUGGAAUUGUUUUAGUUAAAUAUACAGUUAGUUUUUAUUUUACAUAAAUAGGGUGCCUUCUGGACCAGUUGGUUUCUAAUGUAGCAUUUUUUCAUCUUUUCAAUAUGCAGAUUUAUGUCGGUCCAUUUUAGACUAACAUGUGUCAAACUUCCUGUUCAAAUCCUGUGCCUGACUCUUUAUGUUUCUUUUCUUUUCUUCUAUAUUGAAAAUAUCAAAUGUCCCAAAACUAACUGGACUCAUACUAAACACAAUAGGGGAUCUUAAAUUAAAGGAAUAGUUUUGAAAUAUGCUUGUUCCCUCUCUUGCUAAGAGUUAGAAGAUUAUACCACCCUCAUGUCUGUAUGAUAUGAAGCUACAGCCAGCAGCGGGCUACCUUAGCUUAGCAUAAACACUGGGAACAAGGGGAAACAUCUACUCUGGCUAUGUCCAAUAGGUAAUAAAAUCCACCUACCAAAGCCUCUAAAGCUCACUUUAGAUCUUGUUACCUUUGGAAAGAGUCUGGCUAUAACUGUUUCCCCCUGUUUCAGGUCUUAUGUUAAGCUAAGCUGGCCAUCUGCUGGCUGUAGCCUUAUAUCAUACAGACAUAAAGAGUGGUUAGCGGAUUUCCCAACUAUUCCUGUAAUAUAAGAUAAACAUCUCUAUUUCGUUUACUACAUGUUAAGUUCUUCUUCUUAUCUAACUCUAGGAAAGCAAAUAAGUACAAACAGCAAAGUCAUUACAUGAGAAUGAAUUGGGUUUUUUGGUGGUGAAAGAAGGUUGUAGUGAUUCAACUAUUUACUCCUUUGUGUUCCUUAAUAUGUUAAUGUUAUUUUCUUUAAAAACCCAUUGCCCGGGGGCCUGCACAGUAAACGCCGGUAUAGAAAACAAAAAGGUACAAGGAUGUUUGAAACAUGGACUCUAUAAAUCUGACACCCUCGCUGUGGUGCAGUGCUGUGCUGCUCUACCAUGCUGAUUCAAUUUAAUGAGGUAUACUGUAUGGCCUUAACCACUGAAUGAGCAUGACAUAUUGCUCCAAUGUAUAGGUGACCUAGUUUCACAUUCACUGCAUCAGAAAUUAUUGUUAAAAUCUAAAUAAUACAUGCAAAAGCCAUUUUCUCUGCAUGAUUAAUCUGGUCCACAGGUGUCAGCUGAUAACAGUAAAAACCUGUUUAACAUGCAUGAACCAUAUCUACUCUCAAAUUGAAUUAUGGUUCAUUUCCAGCUACAUGCCAUCCCUGUUACGGUUUCUAAUUUGCACAUGAUAGCGCUGAAGGUAACAGGGUUGAGGCUGUAUAUUUAAGGACAGGAGUAGCAUUAAAGUACUCCCCAAUUAAUAAAAGGCCAAGGAAGCAUACAGGUAUGUAAUAAGACAUUACAUACAUUUUAUAAAGUGAUAAAAUAAAUGAAUAUAUUUUCAGAAAAUUGGGGUAAAUCUGGGUUAACAUGUUGUGACUCAUGCUUUACUCGCUGUAACACAUUAAAAACAAACUGAGAUUGUAAAA